UCUCCAACCGGGAAACGCAUACACAAACGUUCAGCUCUGAAACUCAAUCACUCAACUCGUAUUCGACAUUCCAAGGCAGCAGAUCCACAGGCGAAUUUUUCGGUCCAUUGGUUUGUCGGCAUGGGGAAGUACUAUUGUGACUACUGUGAUGUCUUCCUCGUCAGUGAAAGUCCUUCCGUUCGCAAGGCUCACAACAGUGGUCGAAACCAUCUGACGAAUGUCAGGGACUAUUAUUCUUCUCUGGGUCAUGACAAGGCUCAAAGUUACAUCGAUGAAAUCACACGGAUGUUUGAAACGGGUGGUGGCAAUUCAACCUCUAAUCGUGGACCAGGUGGAAACCCUCCUGGCUCACAACCGGGGCCUCCUAAUGCUGGCAUGAGUGGUCCCAUGCGACCCCCCUUCUCGAAUUCGACUGCUGGCCCCAACAUGCCACCACUUCCGCCUGCCAUGUUGGCAUUAAUGAAUGGCCAAAACGGCAUGUCUUCCCCCGGUUCUGGUCCGCCCCCUAUGCGCUUCGCAGGCCCGCCAAUACCAAAUAACAUGCCUCCCGGAAUGAUGCAGCCUCCUCAUGUGAAUGGCUAUUCAUCUGGCCCACUUCCCCCGCAACCUCAACCAGCUUCUGGAGGACAGGGCGCACCACCAUUGACAGCUAGAAUGAACCCUGAUCGUGCUCGUCAACUGGGUUGAUUUAAGCUUCUAGAGAAGUAUGGGCAAAACGCGCUACCUCUUUUUUGCACCCUGCUUACCUCCUUGUUCUAUUUCAAAUCACUCCACCGAUUUCCCAUUGUUGUUUCUUCUUAGUGAAAAUUGCGUUCAGAAGUCCAAAAGUACAUAAUCAAUCACAUUGAAAAAGGAAGAAGUACUAAAAACUGAAAGUCAGAAGUAGCUCCCGUGGGAAUCACCCCCAACCAUUGUAACUCUAAGUAUUAAAAUUGCAAAGAACAUAAUAUCAUUGGGCUGUGUGCAAAUCCAAUGAUGUCCCUGACAAAUUCUGAUCUGAUUCAUAGAUAAUUCUGCAGUCUUGAGAAUUAUGGAAUUGUAGAUUCCAUGCUGA